GUCCAGUCUUCUUCUCAUUUACUCCCUUGAUGACUCUUCCACUACCUUCAUGCAAUGGACCAGAAAUGGUUUCCACCACCAAACCGCCCUCCGCGUCCAGGGGAGCUUCAUGUCAUGGCUGCAAAUUCAGUUGGCAUUGUCACUUUGUUGCUACCUCCGGGUGCUUUUCGCAGUGUUAUAGGCGUCCCACCAAUCCUGUGGAUUGCCUAUAACCUCAGACAAUAUUCCAGCGGCAGGCCAGAGAUCGACUAUUUGAAUGCUGCGAAUGUCUUCAUUGGAGUGAUGAGAUACCUCGAUUUCUGCGUACUUCAUGUUCCCGAAAGGGUCUUCCGUCGCGUAGGAGCCGAAAACAGAGUCGAGACAGAGAAAGACGUCCAGAACAUGACCCUGUGGCAAAAAUUACGCUGGAACUUCGAUCUGUUCAUGACAUGGAGAGGCAUUGGCUGGAAUUGGAGAGUCAAAAAGGUGGACGAUGUACCAAAGGACAUGUCGAGGCGUCAAUUUGUCGUUCAGCAGAUUAUCAGAGCAGGAUAUUGCUUCGCUCUGAUGGAUGUGCACGAUUGGUACUUCCAUCGUACGUUCGCUGUAAGCAGCAGCAUCUCCCCAGACUUCUUCUCUUUGCCCCUUGGUCGACAAGUCCUGCUCGCCUGGUCGAACGCCUUCAAUAGCGGAGCCACCAUAGCUUUCGGCUGCAACCUCAUGGCAGCGAUCGUCGUUGCCUCAGGAGUAUCCCGACCUCAAUCGUGGCCGCCAAUAUUUGGUUCUUUGCUUAAAGGCUAUACCAUGAGAAAUAUCUGGGGUUACUGCUGGCAUCAACUUCACCGGAGAUCGUUCGAAACUGCCAACUCGUGCCUCAUUCGAAUACUCAGGGUCAAGAAGGGCACCGUCGCCUCUCGCCUUCUGCAACUCUAUAAUGCAUUCUUUGUAUCUGCAAUACUCCAUCACAUAGGCUCUUUGAACCAACCUUACUCGCCCAUGGUAUGGUGUCAAUUUGCCUUCUUCAUGAUGCAGCCUGUCGCAAUUACCAUCGAAGACUUUGCCAUAUCCUUUGGCAGGAGUAUAGGCCUGAAAGAAAAUCGAAAAACCAGAGCUUUAGGGUAUGCAUGGGUAGGCGUUGUGCUCAGUUUCACACUUCGCUAUGCGGCUGCGGCUUUCACUGCUGCCGGGGUGGGAGGCGCACGACAUCCGGUUGUCGCCAAAUUCAGUAUCAUGGAGCGUGUGUUUGGAUAGGAUGCUGAUAACACGGCGGGGGUACUUGUUGUCUGUGCAGACUUUGACUUGUCUUGGUGGCGCCAAUGGCAACCUGCUGUUGGCCACGGUCGGAUAUGCAUCUCCAUCAGUAUCAUUGGAAUAGACAUCCACUCAAG